UCACCGUCCGCGCGGGCGUGCACGCGCGUCGAGAACUGGCUGCGCGUCCGCCAUCUGCGCGCCCCUCCCUCUGUGACUCGCAGCAUCACCGGGAGCUCCGUGGAUGCUUCUCUAAAGAAUAGAUUUACGCUUCACGACCAAAGAGAGACAGAGAGAGAGAGAAAGAGAGGCAGAUAACCACGUCUGUCUGAAUGCGUAAAUUCGCGGCGGGAUGCUUUGAUGCGUGAGCUUACGCGUGAACGCGGUCCCAUUUGGAGACAUUUACUUGUAACAAGCUGUUGCUUUUAGGUGUAGCCUGCAGCUGAGAUUCAUGUGAAAACGCCUCUCUCUCUCUCUCUCUCUCUCGCUCGCUCUCUCUCGGCUGGAUUUUUCCAAGGGCACCAAAAUGCGGCAGCGAUGAGCUACGCUCAGCGAGUCAGAGGGGGGCGGUUUGAGUUAUCAGAGUCACAUCCAGGGUUCAAGCUCGAUCUCCUCACUUUGGUCCACUGCCUGGUUUUUUGGGGGGGAUGCGACGUCAUGAGCAUGAUCCCGUCUGACAGAUGUGUUGCAGCUGCACGGCCACAGAUCGUCCGAUCCCGCUUGCUGUUGUAACGACGAUGCUGUAAAAGAGGGAGGUCGGAGGAAAGCUUCUUCUUCUUCCCAGAUAAAUGUUCGGUCCCCUCCUUUGUGCACGGACGGAUCGCGACCUCCAUUCCUUUUUCGGCUCUGCAUAAGAUGAUACCUGGAUCUGCCGCAUCAAUGCUACCGUCUGCAGAAGCCGCGAAACUGUACCAGACCAAUUACGUGCGCAACUCCCGUGUCAUCGGACUCCUGUGGGCCAUAUUCACGAUCCUGUUCGGCAUCGUUAAUGUGACCAUCUUCUCGCAGCCCUAUUGGAUCGGGGAUGGCAUGGACACCCCGCAGGCCGGGUACUUCGGCCUGUUCCACUAUUGCAUCGGGGACGGACACUCCAGGGACCUGGACUGCCAGGGCAGCUUCACCGAGUUCGCCGCCAUCCCCUCCAAGGCGUUCAAGGCCGCCUCCUUCUUCAUUGGAAUGUCAAUGAUGCUGGUGGUGACCUGCAUCGGCUGCUUCAGCCUCUUCUUCCUCCUCAGCACCUCCACCGUGUACAAGAUCUGCGGCUGGAUGCAAGCAGCAUCAGGUGUCUGUCUUGUGCUGGGUUGCAUGAUCUAUCCCGAUGGGUGGGACAGCGACGAGGUCCGGCGGAUGUGCGGAGAGCAGACGGACAAAUACAGCCUGGGAGCUUGUUCAAUGCGCUGGGCUUACAUCUUGGCAAUCAUGGGCAUCCUGGACGCCCUCAUACUCUCCUUCCUGGCUUUUGUCCUGGGCAACCGACAGGACGGACUAAUGACGGAGGAGCUGCUGGCUGAAAGCAAAGAGGGAGGAAAUGCCUAAAUGACGUUUAGGUUCUCCAAUUCCCCCGAGUGCCCUCUCCUAUGAAGUACCAGUCGUUCGACAAUUUAUUUGAGGAAAGCAGACCGAGUCAAGGAUGAAUUGGAACUCUAUAGAACCAGUCAGCCUUCCUUUUCACCACCUACCUUUCGAGUUCGUCCAUCCUGCCCACAGACCCCCCCCCCCACUUCAUUAUUUCCAGCACUUAGACGGAGCCCAGAGCACCGUUUCCAACUUACAACUGAGGAGCUGACCCUUGCACAGCAAUGCACAGGCCAUGACGGCAAGGGCAGAGAUUGGUAUUCUGUGGAGAAGAACAGCGUGCCUGUGGAAUAGCCUAUAUCUUACUACCUGAAGAAAAAAA